CCAAAUGGCGCCAGCGACUUGGCACCAACCCACCACACCAAGGGAGUACGGCAGUAAAUCCUCGAUAUAUUCCACGUUCCUUGUUCACCCAAGCGUCCCGAAGGGAACGAAGACAACUUUUGCCAAUACAAACCCUGCUAGGGUGGUGGGUGAAUGUUCCAAAAUAGAAAUGGAAGCGGAUGGCGAUGGUCUUCGGAGUCUUGAACGAGGGUAGCUGACUUCCAGAGUCCAAACAGUAUCCAUUCAAUCAAGAGAUCCAUUGUUGGAAUUCGAUGAUGCCGCUUUAGGAUCGGUCAAGAAGCAAAUCUACUAUUGAGGAGUUCAAUAGAAAUGUGUGAAAGUGAAAUGAAGUGAGUGCUUCAACCUAGGACGACUUUUAUGUGUAAUUCAGGGCUACCACAGUUAUGGACGGAAACAAACCUGCUGGGGCUAUGGUCCCUGAAAACAACGGCACUAUUAUCGAAGAUGACCAACAACUGUACGAUUGGGGAAUCGAGAACCAACUAGAUCAAUACUAUCAUGGAAACAGCGGGGCUGGCCAUGGCCCUCAACAUAAUUCUUCAGUACUGCAUGGAGUACCCGAAAGCGAAUUACCUCAUCCAAGUUACCCUGAGCAAAGUUCUGGCCCCGGGUAUCUCUCGACACAUUCUCAUGACUUCCAACAAAGAUAUACAAAUAUGCCCCCACACCCGUCCUAUCAAGAUACCCAUUCCAUGUCCAAUUGCCAUGCUCCACCUUACUCCCCUGGCCAAGACACGGUUUCAAGUGGACAGAUGGAUGGCGACAGUGAUAUCAAAGCGGGAAUAUUCUCCCAAACCAAAGUUGGAAGGACCAUGAUGCCGCGAGUGGAUAUGGAUGCCAAUGAAGUUUUAAAGGUGGAACGAAAACGAGCCCGUAACAGACUGGCAGCCUCCAAAUGCCGAAUGAGGAAGUUGGAACGAAUUGCAGUCUUGGACGACCAAGCCCGGCAGUUGCGUGAAGAGAAUGAAAAACUUGCGUCCUUUUCGGACAAGCUCCGGGCCCAAAUCUAUGAAUUGAAGCAAGAAUUGCGGUGGCACGUCAAUAAUGGCUGUAAAUUGGUGAAUUCCGGUUCGAAAGCCCUGGCAGACGUGGCCAGUCCCGAUAGCACAACUUCUCAUUUGAAACACCACCCCACCAGCCAAAUUAUCAAGUCAGAUGGACGCCCAACCCAAGCACUUCUUACCGAGAAGCCGAAGAUCAAAACAGAAUGGUCUGAGGUUUCGUGAUUAUAUUGAUACCUUGCGAAGUGCAUCCCAUCUAAAAUGUGCAGAACAUAUUUUUAAUAAGAAACACGACAAUAUCCAUCCAAAAACACACAAUUUUGCAGUAUUUUUGGACAAAACUAAGCAAAAUAUUGAUGGCCAAUGAGAUCUUCAUAGUAAUAUUUUGACACGGUAUUUUUGCACAUGGUGCCGUCAAAUUUCAUUCUAAAUACAAUUCCAAUCCCAAAUGCAAUACAUGUAUAUUUUUGUCCUUCUCGCAAUUCUAUCCAUGACCACUUCUUUUUAAUCAUAGCUCAAUUCAGUUGGCUCAUCGUUAUUAUU